GCGGUCCUGGGAGGUGAACAUGGCGACCGCCUGGGGCCUACGCUGGGGCCUGAGCCGAACUGGGACGUUGUUGCUCGCGCCGCCCGCGCGCUGUGCUCGCCGGCCUCUGCACAGACAGGUAGACGGCAGCACGUUCCAGAGCAUCUACAGCCUGGACAAGCUGUACCCCGAGUCCAAGGGCGUGGAUACCGCCUGGAAGGUCCCGGAGCAUGCAAAACAGGCCAGCAGUGACAUCCCCCUAGAUCGGUUAAGCAUAUCUUACUGUCGGAGCAGCGGUCCUGGGGGGCAGAACGUGAACAAAGUGAAUUCCAAGGCUGAAGUAAGGUUUCACUUGGCCAGUGCAGACUGGAUUGAGGAGCCCGUGCGCCAGAAGAUUGCCCUCACGCAUAAAAAUAAGAUCAACAAGGCAGGAGAGCUGGUACUUACCUCAGAGAGCAGCCGAUAUCAGUUCCGCAAUCUGGCAGAAUGCCUACAGAAAAUUCGAGACAUGAUUGCCAAGGCCAGCCAGGUACCCAAGGAGCCAUCCAAAGAAGAUGCUCAGCUUCAGAGACUCAGGAUUGAAAAGAUGAAUCGGGAAAGGCUACGACAGAAAAGACUAAACUCUGCCAUAAAGACAAGCAGGAGGAUGACUAUGGAUUGAAGUUGCCCCACGAUGCUGGCAUAGUCCGGAGUGCCAGUGCAGCUCCGCAGAGCACUGACACACAUGGGAGACUAUUCUCGAUUAACUGGAGCCCUGCCCAAGCAGCAGCAUUCCUUUGGAGGGAGGCUGCAGAUCACCCAGGGCUGCCCCUUCCAUUAUCCACCUCAUGAACCACUGACUGCAAUAAACAUCGAAGCACAGGGCUCUUAUCUUUCAGUCUAAACCCACCUUAUAGUUAGCACAUACAGCAACAGAGGAUUGUGAGUCAGUCCACAAGAACACAGUUAGGAGGGCCGAGAUAGGUGAGCAGGCAUUUGAGCUGGACCUUCAGAAGGAACAAACGAAACACAGUGGGCUGAGAGGAAGCUGGGUGGCAGGAGGUAACAGGGAAGUCAGGGACGCCUAAUGGCAGAUUGUGCAGACUUUUGAGAGGUGCACUGGGCAGGUAGACACAUAAGAGCCCCCAAAUCCACUGAGCUCCAUUCCCAGGCCAGAAGUCCCGGGGUUAUUCACUUACAUAUAUAGUGGGUGGAUGUGUGUGUGGCACACGCACACACAGGAUAGAGAGCAACUAGCAGUCACCUCUCCCUCCCUGGGGAUAGGACUCAAGUCUCAGGCUUAAGGGCAGAUAUCUUCACCUGCCCAGCCAUUUCACUCUAAUCUAUUUAGUAUCAGGUGAGGUGUGCAUGUCUGGUGGUCGGAGCACAACUCAUGGGUGUCAGUUCUCGUCCUCCGCCAUGUAGGUUCCAAGGACCAAUCAGGCUUGGCCACAAGCACCUGUAACUGCUGAGCCAUAUCACCAGCCUCUGAAGGUUGUUUAUUAUACACCCCUAACCCCCAAAUGUAUUUAUUUUAAAACCAAAAAUGAAGGUCCAAGAAAGAACCUCACUGCCCAGACUGCUGUGAAUUAGACCCCUGGUACCUACAUGGUAGAGAGGAUUGACGCGGGAGACGUGGUUUCUGACCUCCACAAACUCCGUGACCAUUCAUGUGCACACACAAAUAUAACUUCAUUUUUCUUAAUCAAAUAAGCUUUGCCCUGGUCAAAUUUCCCAGAGACCAACCAGAAUUUGGUUUCCACAUUAGCUUGAAAAUUGAGCAUCUUUAGUGUCAAGCAGAAUCAGUUACCUAUAGGAGGUAAAGCAUUGUGUUGGGUUGCAUGGAAAUUUGGUAAAUUUGCUUUGUCAUUUUAUUCUGCCCCAGGGUUCUGGCAUGCAAGAGAAUCCAUGCCUAAAAUGUAAACCUCCAAGUUGAUGAGCUCUCAUGGACUUGGGUGGGGUUUAUAACAAUUAAUUCCACUAUUAAUCUUGUUAGCAGUUCCCUAGGUCAUUGCUGAUCCCAGCGGCUCCUCCUUCGCAGCUUCCUACAAUUGUCUAACCUCCAAAUUGCUCCAAAUGCUUUCAAACUUCAGCUUUAGCUCCAAGCAUGGUCCGUGCUGCCCCAUCCCCACGCCCACCCUCGUUGCAGCAUUUAGUGAAGUCAGCCUGAGAAGCAGCAGGAAAUUGUUAGGAUUAACUACAGGGCCAAUUGUUCCACACGGACAAGCCUUUCAUUAAACAAAUGCUUCCUGGGCUCAGUUACACAGUAAAACCAUACAUACCUCCUUUCAAGCCUCAGCCCUUUCCCAGAACCUCUACACCUACCACGAAACCAUUGCUAAGCUAUACCUCCCAGGCUGCUCAGCGCUUCCAUUCCCUCGGGUUCUUUUUUAAAGUGCGUUUUAGCACUACAAUAUACUAAGCUAGCUGUCUCUCCUGGUCUGUCGUUUUCCUCACUUCCUGCUCCUUUGACGCCCGCCCUCCCGGGUAUUGCGUAUUUGCAAAGGACAUACGUAGUGUCUGAAUGUUUCUAUCGUUACUGGAAUGAUCCGGAAGGCUUUCAGUGCUCAUGUUUCAAUACUGUCAAUAUUAUGACUGAUAUUUGUCGCCC